CGCAGCACCGCCACGCCCCGCCCCGCCCGGCUCGGCUCCGCCCCGCACUAUGUACCGCCGCCGCCUCCUCCACCGCCGUCCGCGGUACGAGUGGUGGCCGAGCGGCAGGGGCCGGCAGGCUGGCGGCGGCCUGUCACUAUGAACCUGCACCAGGUGCUGACGGGGGCUGUGAACCCCGGGGACAACUGCUUCUCCGUGGGGAGCCUGCACGACCAGCCCUUCACGGCAUAUGCAUCAGGAUGUGAUAUUGUGGUAUUGGGAACUGACUUUGAAAGAUUACAGAUAAUCCCUGGAGCAAAACAUGGAAACAUUCAAGUGGGGUGUGUGGACUGUUCAAUGCAACAGGGCAAGAUUGCAGCUUCUUAUGGAAAAGUGGUUUCUAUCUUUGAGCCAGUUAGCCUCUUGAAGGAGAACAGCAGUCAUCAUAAUACAUUGCAUUAUCAGUGGCAGAAGAAUGCUCAAAUCUUACUGGAAACCAUAGCACAUAAUCUAACAUGGGAUCCCACAGGCACUCGCCUUUUGACUGGUUCCAGUUGUCUUCAGCUUUGGUCCAACGUUCCUUUGGAAAACCCUUCUGACAAUGACAAUACUGAAAGAACAAACAUUCAACUUGGAGAAUGGAGGUGUAUCUGGCAGUGCAAAACUGCUUCUCAAGUUUGUUUAAUGAAGUUUUCACCAGAUGGGGAGUUUUUUGCUACUGCUGGAAAGGAUGAUUGUCUUGUGAAAAUAUGGUACAAUACAGACAGCUGGCGGUCAGCCGUAAUCCCACCUGCUGCAAGUUCAGAAAAACAGCCAAAGGAAGUUGAUUUUUCAUUUGUUUAUUUGGCUCAUCCUCGAUCAGUAAAUGCAUUUUCAUGGAGGAAGACCAGUAAAUUCAUGCCACGUGGUGGUGUCUGCAACGUACUCCUGACUUGCUGUAAGGAUAAUGUUUGUCGCCUCUGGGCAGAGACUUUGUUACCCAAUGACAGUCUUUUGUAUGGUGAAGGCUACAGCAAUUGGAGUGAAGCAGUGAACUUCACUAGUAACUUCAAGAGAAAUACCUCAAGUAAGGAGAAAGUGCAAAGUGCUUUAGAGUUCAACCUGAAACACUUCCGACGAGGAAGGAGGAGGUCAGGCGCAGUGGUUGCGCAUACUGGAUACACUCUACAUCAGCAAGAUCCGCAUGAACUUCACAGGAACACUCCUCCUCAUGCAAAUGCACUGUGUCACUUCCAUAUUGCUGCCAGCAUCAAUCCAGCUACAGAUAUUCCUCUACUUCCUUCUAUCACAUCUCUGAGUCUUGGUGAAAAUGAAGAAAAAAGUGGACCUUUUGUUGUCCAUUGGCUGAACAAUAAAGAACUUCAUUUUACCUUGUCUAUGGAAGUGUUUUUGCAACAACUUAAAAAGAGUUUUGAACAUCAUUCUCCAGAGACUAAUGCUGAGGAAUCUAACCAAAUGGAUGGUAAAUCAGAAGAAGAAAUUGAUGAAAAUGGAGAUGAACAAAAAGGAAACCAAGAAAAGAAGGAACUUGGUAAUGAGAAAACUACUUCAAAUUCCAGCCUUCUUCCUUUAUCUUCUGCUAUUAUUGAUCAUGAAAUUGAAGUGCUGCUUUCGGAAUGGAGUAAAAAUCCUGACAUGCUCUUCAGUAUACAUCCUAUGGAUGGUUCACUGCUGGUAUGGCAUGUGGACUGGAUAGAUGAAUACCAACCUGGCAUGUUUCGCCAGGUGCAGGUGUCAUUUGUCUCAAGAAUUCCUGUUGCCUUUCCAACGGGUGAUGCAAACUCUCUUUGCAGAAGUAUAGUGAUGUAUGCUUGUACCAAAAAUGUUGACUUAGCCAUUCAGCAAGGCAAGCAAAAGCCUCCUGGCCUUACACGAUCUUCAUCUAUGCUUAUCUCCUCUGGACACAGUAAAUCAGCAAACAGUUUAAAACUGAGUAUCUUCACACCUAAUGUUAUGAUGAUUUCUAAACAUGCAGAUGGGUCCUUGAACCAGUGGCUAGUGAGUUUUGCUGAGGAAUCUGCUUUUUCAACAGUACUCAGCAUUUCACAUAAAUCCCGAUAUUGUGGUCACCGUUUUCAUCUUAACGACUUGGCUUGCCACUCGGUGUUACCACUACUUCUUACAACUUCACAUCACAACGCUCUGAUUUCACCGGAUGUUGAGAAUGCAAACCAGGAAAGUGAUUCCUUGAACUCUCAGGAGUCACCAGUAAGACUUCAGAGUAGAGGCAAUGCAAAUCUAACAUCACAGGAUCCAAAUGCAGUUUACAGUGAACUUAUUCUUUGGAGAGUUGACCCUGUUGGGCCUUUGUCGUUUUCUGGUGGAGUUUCUGAACUUGCUCGAAUCAAUUCUCUUCACGUUUCGGCAUUUUCUAAUGUUGCAUGGCUGCCCACACUCAUACCCAGCUGCUGCCUUGGUACAUACUGUAAUUCUCCAAGUGCCUGCUUUGUGGCUAGUGAUGGACAACAUUUGAGAUUAUAUCAAGCUGUAAUAGAUGCUAAGAAACUUUUGUGUGAGCUCUCCAAUCCAGAAAUUUCUAAAUAUGUUGGUGAAGUUUUCAACAUUGUAAGUCAGCAAUCUACAGCUCGCCCAGGAUGCAUCAUUGAACUGGAUGUCAUCACAGAGCUUCAUGGCAGGAAAACACAGUUACUGCAUGUUUUUCAAGAAGACUUCAUUUUAAAUAACCAGGAGAAGGAAAUGAUUGAAAACAACAGUGUAUCAGAUGCUGGAAACCGUCAGAAUGGAUUCUCUGAAAAAUUCUACUUAAUAGUGAUAGAGUAUGCUCAAAACCGGUCACUACUACAUAUGUGGCAUUUGCAUUUGAAGUCAAUUCCUGUCUCAUUAGGUGAAAAGAUAGAUUCAUAUACACCUGAAACAGUGACACAACCAGAGGAAAUGUAUUCUUCACCAGAUCCAGAGAAGAUCCAGUCACCUUUCAGUCAAAAGUAUCAGGCCUGCAAAGCAAACCUUCAGAGCACCAGUUGGCUUACUCUCUCUUCCAAAAUGGUUUACAGUCAAGACCUCAGGUUGCCAGAAGGAGUAGACAUAAUAAGUGUAAAGCCAUCAGCAGGACAUCUGAGCUCUUCUUCUAUAUAUCCUGUUUGUCGUGCACCAUAUCUGCUGGCUACUUCAUGCACUGAUGGAAAAGUUCGAUUCUGGAGAUGCAGAGUUACCACUGAAUCAUCAGCUCCUCCUGUUCCAGAAGAAAGCUCACACAGUGAUGUUAUAUAUGUGUGGGAAGAAUGGCCAUUAUUGAUUGAGGAUGGACUUGUUAGUAGUAGUGCAAUUAAUGUUCCAGGAAGGCCAACUGAAGUUAGCUGUGCACACACUAAUAGAUUAGCAGUAGCAUAUAAGCAGGUAACAUCUAAAACCAGUCACCUGUCCCAAGAUUUUAUAAUGUAUGUUGGUAUUUUUGAAUGUGAAUCUACAGGAGGUUCUUCUUGGGUUCUAGAACAGACGCUUCGCUUAGACGAGAUUGGUACCAUGUUAGAUGCUGGUGCUAAUAUUGAUAAUAGUUUAGUGACAUAUAGCCAGCAAGACGUUUCUGUGUCUCAUACUGGGAAUACUCUGCCUAACACUAAGCACUUGGUACACUUAGACUGGAUGUCUAGGGAAGAUGGUUCACAUAUUCUGACAGUCGGUAUUGGAUCAAAACUUUUUAUGUUUGGUCAGCUCUCUGGGAAAAUGCAAGAACAAAAUGGUAUGGAGAUGGUAGCAAUCGCCAAUAGUGGCAGUACAAAGGCUACAGCCCUGUCUAGGUUUGUUCUGCUGCGUUGUGUAGACUUGGUUUCAUCUGUAGAGGGGUCGCCUCCUUUUCCAGUCUCGUUGUCUUGGGUGCGUGAUGGCAUUCUUGUAGUUGGAAUGGAUUGUGAAAUGCAUGUUUAUUCCCAGUGGCAAUCUCCUUCCAAGCAGGAACUAGUUAGUGCUGAUUCUUACAGUGGAAGUAUACCAUGUGUAGCUAGCUUAAUGAAACAAAGCCAGUCAGCUGCUUCAGGUCUGCACCCACCAAAGAGAACCUUGACCCGAUCUAUGACCAGCCUUGCACAGAAGCUUAGUGGGAAAAGAUCUGCCUGUGAUCUGUCUUCAGAAAUGGAAGAUUCUGGACUUUUUGAAGCAGCUCACACAUUAUGUCCCACUUUACCUCAAUACCAUCCAUAUCAGCUGUUGGAGCUCAUGGAUCUUGGUAAAGUACGUAGAGCAAAAGCCAUUCUGUCCCAUCUGGUGAAAUGCAUUGCUGGAGAAGUUGUUGCUGUAAACGAAUCUGAACCUAAUCAUGAUCAGAGGCUCAGAUCCUUGACCAUCAGUGCUAGUGGGAGUACUGCAAGAGAUCCGAAAACAUUCAGCAAAACUGAGACUACAGACUAUAUUGAAAUAGACUCUGUUCCACCACUGCCUCUAUAUGCUCUGCUUGCUGCAGAUGAUGAUUCAUCUUAUUCCUCUUCAGAGAAGUCUAAUAAUCAAAACAGCCAAAAUAAAAAAUAUAUGCCCAAUGACAAUUAUGAAGAUCUCUUUCAAAAUACUGCUGUAAGUACAGAUGAACUUGUUACAUUUGACGCCGAUGAAGAGAGUUCAAAACCAGAAGUCAUUGAUCUUUCUCAGUAUAGCCCAACUUACUUUGGACCAGAGCAUGCUCAAGUUCUUUCUCGCCACUUGCUUCAUUCAAGCUUGCCAGGGCUGACUAGGAUGGAGCAAAUGUCACUGAUGGCCUUAGCUGAUACAAUUGCUACUACCAGUACUGACAUUGGAGAAAGCAGAGAUAGAAAUCAGGGUGGAGAAACACUUGAUGAAUGUGGUUUAAAAUUUUUACUGGCUGUUCGGCUCCACACGUUCUUAACAACUUCACUUCCUCCUUUACAUCGAGCUCAACUGCUUCACCAAGGCUUAUCUACUAGUCAUUUUGCCUGGGCAUUUCAUUCAGUAGCAGAAGAAGAAUUGCUGAGCAUGCUGCCUGCAGUGCAGAAAGGAGAUCCAACAUGGUCUGAACUCAGAGCUAUGGGUAUAGGAUGGUGGGUUCGAAAUAUCCACAGCCUGCGGAAAUGCAUAGAAAAGGUGGCUAAAGCAGCCUUUCAACGCAACAGUGAUCCACUUGAUGCGGCUAUUUUUUACCUUGCAAUGAGAAAGAAGGCUGUGAUCUGGGGAUUGUACAGGUCUCAGAAAGAUACUAAAAUGACACAGUUUUUUGGAAACAACUUCACUGAGGACAGAUGGCGUAAAGCAGCAUUAAAAAAUGCAUUUUCUUUGCUUGGCAAACAGCGCUUCGAACAUUCUGCAGCAUUUUUCUUGUUGGCAGGACACUUAAAAGAUGCAGUAGAGGUCUGCCUUGAAAAACUGAAUGACAUUCAGUUGGCUCUUGUAAUAUCAAGACUUUAUGAAUCAGAGUUUGAAGUAUCUAGUACUUACAAAUCUGUACUACAGAAGAGGAUUUUGGGAAGUGCGUUUCCUGGAAAAGAAAGCCCUGGAAACAUGCACUGUGACCCUUUUCUGCGAAGUAUGGCUUACUGGAUUUUGGAAGAUUAUGGCAAGGCUCUUGACACUUUGAUUAAACAUUCUGUUGAAGAUGGAGGAGAUGAAGGAGUGGGCUCACCAAGUUGUAACCCUGCAGUAUUUAACUUCUAUAACUACUUAAGAACACAUCCUCUCCUGCUGAGACGUCAUUUUGGCUCUUCUGAUACAUCUUCCACACAUGUUUGCCUAACAGUAGAAAAUGGAUUAGCUGACAGAAUCAACCUAAGUGAAAGACGGCUGUUUUUCACCACUGCAUAUGCGCACCUAAAAGCUGGUUGUCCUAUGUUGGCCUUAGAAGUGUUAUCAAAGAUGCCCAAAGUUGUAAAGAAGUUGAAGUCCUUCUGUAGGUCCCCUAGUUUAAUGGAUGCUAGUAAAGAUUCCUCACCAUCUUCCCCAGUUAGAGAACUGGAAACAAAAGACCAGUCUUCCAGUUUUGAUUGGUCACAGCCAGUAUUGAAUGGUUUGGGUUCACCUUCAGACUGUUCAUCAGGAAAACACUCAAGUUCAACUCUUUCAUUUGACUGGAGCCAGCCAAGUGUGGUAUUCCAAGAGGAACCUCUGAAACUACAGUCAGACAGUGAUGAAAGUGAUGAUAGUGAAGAUUCAUCUCUGGCAAUGAAAGAGCUGAAAUCUCUGAAUAAAACUGAAAAGUUACACGAAGCAAGUUAUAGCUACAGUGAGUCUUUUAGCAUGGUUGAUGACAAUGAUAUUCUAAGUCCCUCAGACGAUAUCAUUUCAGCACAGCUGAAGUUUAGAGCAUGCCUGAAAAUUCUUACUGUGGAGCUUCGUACACUGUCAACUGGUUAUGAGGUAGAUGGUGGGAAGUUGAGGUAUCAGCUUUAUCAGUGGCUUGAAAGAGAAGUGGUAGCUCUUCAAAAGACCUGUGAUUAUAGUGUUGAAGUGGAAGAGGUACAGUCAGGAAUUAGCAUCAUGCCAGAGGAAGCUGCAUUGCAUGAAAACACUGAAGACCUAGCUGACCAGGAAAAAAACUUCCAGAAAAGACGUCAGUGGCUUCUGAAAUACCAGUCUCUCCUAAGAAUGUUCCUCAGUUACUGUAUACUUCAUGGCUCUCAUGGUGGAGGUUUGGCAUCUGUCCGAAUGGAAUUAAUUCUGCUAUUGCAGGAAUCUCAACAGGAGCAGUUAGUACAGAUACCUUCCAGCCCUCUACCAGAGCCAAACUCCAUACCUCUUCUAUUUGCUUGCACAGCUAGUGCCAAAACAGUGGUGGCUAAUCCAUUGCUGCAUCUUAGUAACUUAACUCAUGAUAUAUUACAUGCCAUAGUAGACCUUGAUUCACCACCUCAUCCUGAUACGCAGAACGACAAGAUAUACGUAAUGCAUACCUUAGCAGCAUCACUCUCUGCUUGCAUCUACCAAUGCCUUUGUGAUGGCCACAGCUACAGCUCAUUUCAAGCAAAUCAGUUCACUGGAACAGUGUAUCAGACAGUGCUAUUAACUCAGCGCCAUUCUCUAAGAACAACAAGCUUAGAAGAAACAGUGACUCCCAAUACAUCACCUGCUCAGUGGCCAGGAAUAACAGCCCUAAUACGCCUCUUGAAUUCUGCUGGUGAGGAGGCACAGCCAGGCCUCACAGUUCUACUUUGUGAAAUUCUAACUGCAGUCUAUCUCAGUCUGUUCAUCCAUGGCCUAGCAACACAUUCCAGCAAUGACUUGUACAGAAUUAUGGCCCAUCCACUUAACAACAAAAUGUGGUCUGCUAUCUUUGGAGGAGGAGCUCUUAUUCCAAGCAGAGGACAACAGCAGUUAAAGACAAAAACUGGUAGGCACUUCCCAAUGCCUAGCCCACAUCAGGUAGUUGUGUUCUCCAUGGAGUGCGUGGGGUUUUCCAAAUCUCUUACAGCCUUCAGUACUCAUAGUCCUACUAAAUAUUCAGAUGAUGAAGAGAAACAGCAUAAACAUCACAUGCUUUCAUCAAAAUCCACUCCAAAAGAGAGCUCUCCGGUGCCUGCAUUGCCAUUGGUAGACCAAGAAUCUCCAUCUUACAAGGAAAGAUUUGUUCCUCCUGAGCUUAGCAUCUGGGAUUAUUUCAUUGCAAAGCCUUUUCUUCCACCACAAAGUACAGUGGAGUAUAAUUCGGAAGAGAGUGAGGAAAGUGACGAAGAUGAUGAAGAUAUUGAUGAGGAUGUGUUUGCACCAAAUUCACAUAAUCAAGAGCAUUCCAAUUCAAAUUCAUAUAGUUGGUCACUGAUGAGGUUGGCAAUGGUUCAGCUGGUACUUCACAAUUUGAAGGUUUUCUACCCUUUGGCUGGACAUGAUCUUUCAGAGCUUCCAGUUAGCUCCCCAGUAUGCCAUGCAGUUUUGAAAACACUACAGCGCUGGGAACAAGUUCUUCUCCGACGUCUUGAGCUAUAUGGAGGUCCACCUCAACAUUAUAUUUCAGUUCAUACCUCUGAUGAUGCCUUAGCUGCUGGUCCUGCACUGCUUCGCCAUAAAACUUUACUUGAGCCUACAAACACUCCAUUCAGAUCUAACAGUCAUGUUGCGCUAUCUGUGAAGAGGCUCUGGCAGUACUUGGUUAAACAGGACCAAGUCCAGGAAACCUUUAUCAGGAAUAUUUUUACCAAGAAACGAUGCCUAAAUGAGUCAUUAGAGGAGACCAUGAAGAGUUCUGUGGUGGAGCCACCCAUCAUCAAUAAGAUGGAAACAGAUCUGGGAUACCCAGGAGGCAAGGCAAGAAUAAUCCACAAAGAGUCUGACAUCAUUACCGCUUUUGCAGUAAAUAAAGCAAAUCGAAACUGCAUUGCCAUAGCAUCGAGUCAUGAUAUUCAAGAAUUAGAUGUUUCUUCAAUUUUAGCUACACAGAUCUAUACCUGGGUCGAUGAUGAUGUGGAAAUAGAAAAUAAAGGGGUGGACGAUUUCUUAGUUAUACAUGCUCAUGAUGAUCUGGUAAAUGUUCAGGGAACUACUCCUUACACUCACAGUAAUCCAGGCACACCUAUCAAUAUGCCUUGGCUUGGUAGUACACAAACUGGCAGGGGUGCAUCUGUGGAAUAUUCCAAUAAAUUUAAUGGAAUCAGAAAGGAAUUGGCAAAAAAAGAGAUGCUCAAGAAGGCCAUUAAUAAUGUCAGAAGAAUGGCUUCUCAUCCAACAUUACCAUAUUACCUGACAGGUGCUCAAGAUGGCAGUGUGAGAAUGUUUGAGUGGGGUCAUGCACAGCAAAUCGCAUGUUUUCGGUCUGGUGGCAACUCAAGGGUAACUCGAAUGAGAUUCAAUUACCAAGGAAAUAAGUUUGGAAUUGUUGAUGCUGAUGGAUAUAUAAGUUUAUACCAAACAAACUGGAAAUGUUGUCCACUUACUGGAACUUCACCUAAACCAUAUUUGACAUGGCAGUGCCAUAACAAAACAGCCAAUGACUUUGUUUUCAUCAGCUCAUCAUCUUUGAUAGCCACAGCAGGAUUUUCUUCUGACAACAGAAAUAUUUGUCUUUGGGAUACUUUGGUUUCACCUGCAAAUAGCUUGGUCCAUGCUUUUGUCUGCCAUGAUACUGGAUCAACUGUGCUAGCAUAUGCUCCAAAACAUCAGCUAUUAAUAUCUGGAGGCAGAAAAGGCUUUACAUGUAUAAUUGAUCUUCGGCAGAAACAGCAACAACAACUACUCCAAAGUCACGAUUCUCCAGUCAAAGCCAUUGCUGUUGAUCCUACAGAAGAGUAUUUUGUCACAGGAUCUGCUGAAGGCAACAUAAAGGUAUGGAGUCUGUCUACAUUCAGUCUUCUUCACACUUUCAUCAAUGAGCAUGCUCGACAGUCUCUCUUCAGAAACAUUGGGACAGGAGUCAUGCAAAUUGAGACAGGGCCAGCAAAUCACAUAUUGUCCUGUGGCGCUGAUGGAACAGUAAAGAUGAGAAUCUUGCCUGAUAGAUUCAGCCAUUUAAAUGAUGUGUUAAGAAAUGAUGUGAAACUUAUGAUCUAAUAUUUUUCUCAUCAGAGUGUGUAACAUUCCCCUUCUACCAUCCCUGAAAAUAUUUUUCCUGGAGCUAGCCAACAAAGCAGAUACACAAUGAUAGCUUGUGCCAUCAUAAAGAUGCUUGCUUGUCCCCUCCCAUAUCUAUUACCUGGACUUUUAGUCUCCAAUGCCUUAAAGAUUAACAAGAUCCUUCAGAUUUUGACCGUUACCUAAAAUGAAAGCUAAACGUGACUCUGAAUUAUAUACUUAGAAUAUUAUUAAGGUGUUGCUGAAGUGGUUUACUCUUCAUUUUGAGGUAGUUACACCUGGAGCAUGCUAUCUGGGCAUGGCCGUCCACCUUUUCAAAAUAGGUGGAUUCAGAUGGAAACCUUAGGUAAUACAACUCUCUUUCACUAUAGCAACCGUAACUGUCUCUCUUCUCCACUUGUUUGAUCAGCCAACAGUAAAAUUUAUACCUAUGUGUAGAAGAGAAACAAAGCCUGUACAAGUAGAUACUCCUGUCCAUGCAAGCAUUCAUGUAACGAGCCACUGUCUGUCUCCUUUCCUGGCAUCCAGGCUGUUUACCUCUCUAAGUUGCCUGAUCUCCUUCCUCUCAUCUAGGGUAUUAAGAAACUGAAGGAUAUUCUGUGAGUUGUAUUCUGUUCCAUGGUUUGAUUCACUGCCAUCAGGAUGGCAGGCUUACCUUUUAAAAAGAAAUAUAUUUUUAACCCUGAGCACUCCCUUUACAAAAUAUGUAAAUAUUAAUGGAUAUCUUCCUAAAAAAAUUAGUGAAAAUCAUGUCUGAAGCUUUAGUCUUGAUCAGAAAGAUACAGGAAGAUACUUCUUUAGAAUGUGGCACUAGAGUUUCUUCAAAGACUAUUUACUUACAUGUCUGUAGCAGAAAAAAAAAUCUAAUUUAUUUUUACAUUUUUUUCCAGUAAGUCUUUUAUUUAGCCCAGAGAUACUCAGUUUAUUAUUAGCACUUAUGUUCUUGUUUGUCUGCUUUUCUUAAGUACUUUAAAAAAGGAAAAAGGAAAAUAGUUCAACAGAAAAGUACUUUAAGACUGUUAGUCUUCAUACUGUAUGUUUAUGUAUGAUGUAAAAUUAAAGGAAAAAACCUUGGAAAGAUGGAAUUUUUUUUUUUUGCCAAAAUAGUAAACUGCAUAAUGUCAAUGUUUGACCAAAUUACUAAUGCACAAAGCCUUUACUACUUUUAUUUUCUUUUUUUUUGUUUGUUUGUUUGUUUGUUUGUUUUUUGGUAAGCUUGUAAGGUUUAAUUUGUAAAUUAGAUGCGAGGCUGGAUUACUUGAAUGCCAAUAGUGUACUUUUUGCUAAAAGAUAUUUUGUGAAAUAUAGCACCAAGAUAUUAACUGUAAUAUAAACUUGUUAAAUUAGGAACUAUGGGGAUAAAUAAAGCAUAGCAGUUAUGAAGGGCUUGUAAAAUGAACUUUGUAACAUUCUCAGGAUGCUUCUAUCUUAAGAAUAUAAAAUUGUUUAAAAAGAUUUUGUAAAAUGUUUUGAGGUCAUUUUAAAUGUAUGUUUUGCAAGCUGCAGUGCAAACACUAUGAAGGUUUUUAUGCACAGAACCUGAAUUUUCAAAUUGUGCAAUAAAAGAAUGUGAAUAUUUUGCCAUGAAGAAACAUGUGACAGCAUUUCAGACUGAUAACAGCUGUUCAGUGAUUCAGUUGUAGUUGUUCUUCCACGACACACACUGAAAUGGAAAUUGAUACCAGAACAGUUUAAGUACAGUGAUGGACCAGAAAAGUGGCUAAAAGUGGCACCACCUUGUAAAACAGACUUGCCCAGUGCAUAUGUCAGUUGCUCAGAGGCAGAGUUUCUAAUAUUCUUUAUUUUCAUGAAAGAGGGAAAGUGGAGUUAACAGUAGCACAAUCCUUGAGAAUCAACUGAAUUCUUGACUUUAUAGCUGCUUAUAUACAUGUAUUAGUUUUAUGCACCCACUGAACUGUUACAUUCAGAGAAGAAGAGUGUGCAAAAAAUCAUGGCAACAUUAUAUAAUUUAUGUCCCUGCUGUUUUGUCCUUAAGUAUUUAUGUCUCAUUAGCUUUAUUUCAAGCUCAGUUUCAUGUAUUGGCAACCACAAAAAGGUGUCUUUUCUGCAAACUGAGCAGAUUUUGUGUGUAAUUUGCCAAGACAUACAAUGUUGUCAUUUUUCUGAGUAGAGCUGCACUACGAAUAAUUCUGGCAAAUUUUUGCGUAUACCAGACAAGUACUGACUGUGAUCAGGCAUUUUCAGUAAUGUUUAUAGUGACUGUAAGCUACUCUGAAAACUAAAUUAUGUAACAUCACAAUGUAUUUGCCACACUUUCGUAAUCUUCCCAAUAAAUCCUGCAGAAUCUCAAA